UGGUUCUAAUGCCGAAUGUCACUCUUUUUUGAAUUUUAUGAUAUUCCACACACAAAGAAUUUACUCUCUCUCUCUCUCUCUCAACCCACAGUCCAUAUCCAUGGUUUUGUUCCCCCGAAAUCCCUAUCAAAUUGUGUAACUUGAGAGUUCUCUCUCUCCUCCUCCUCCUCCUCCUCAUGGAUAUUUCAGCACCUGAAUUUCAAGCGAAUUCUCAUAUCCCGAUCGAUUUGUUAGUCUCCAAGGCACAUUGCGGCCUCACAUGCGGCGGCGGCGGCGAUGGUCUCCGGUUCACCGACUCCUCCGGCAAUCUCGUAUUUAAAGUGGAACUUCUUCAAUCGGACAAAUCAACUCACAAACGAGUCCUACUCGAUGCCUCUGCAAAUCCCCUCAUUUUCAUCUACCGUAACAACAAUGGAUCUUGGCAAGCCUUUAAGGGGGACAAUAGAGAAGAAAAGGACUUGAUAUGCAGAGUAGAGAGGACAAUGAAUUCACUUAGUGGGACUGAGUUUGAGGUAUCCAUUGUUGGUGAAAAUUGGGAAGAAUCAAAGUCUGAUUUCAAGAUGAAAGGUUCCCUCUUCUACAGAUCCUGCACCAUCUAUAAAGGCAAUUCCAUAGUGGCCCAGACUAGCCUCAUGUACAAGCUUGGGAUUCAAGGAGUCUUCAUGUGGAGGAAUAGAUUUCGAUUAACUAUAUUUCCUGGGUCGAGACGAGGACAUCGUCCCAUUACUACUGGGAGCCGAUCACUGUGAGUAAUAGUAGUGUAACGAUAUGUUUCACUUACUUCCUGUGAUUAUGAUUUAUGUAUCGUUAUUUGUGAAUGGCCUAUUCCAUUGAUAUUGUGCUUUAAUUAAAUUAAUGGAUAUGAGUGAAUAAUGGCAUUGAUAUGGACCUAAGGUCGUUCUGUCCCUAGUAAUAGACAUGGGCCUGAG